ACCUUGGCCUGUUAGAGGUGAGCAGGUUCUGAGCUGACACAGGAGCAGUCUUCACCACUUUGGGUUGUAGAAUUCCCCCAAGACCAGCAGUCGGAUAACAUUUCUCUACUUGAGGACCGGCAGCCAAUCGGCAGACUCCGUGGCUGGGACAAAGUCCUCUUUACUGAGUCAUUUAACUCUCCUUUGCUUCCCCUCCAACUCCUCUCUGAAUGGUUUAAUGUUACACCCUCUGCAAGGCUUUACCUGUCCAGGUGAACUGCGCUACUGAAAACGUCGCUCAUGAAGUCAUAUCUCUGCUGCUAAUGAGCUCCUCACCAGUUUAAACAAGACAUCCCAAAUCCUGCCCUCCAAAUGAGUAUCCAAGAGGAGAGUAUACAGCCUGAAGUUGCCACGGCGAUGGCCGAAGCAUCAGCUCCACCUCUUUCCCCCUCUAUGGACUAUGAACUGUUGUCUCCGCCUCCUGACCUGUGCGCUUUAUGUGGCCACAGUCACCAGCUGGAGGAGAACCAUGAGUACCUUUACAAAGACGAGGUGGACGACGACCUCGUCUGUCACAUCUGUCUGCAGGCGCUCAUCAGGCCCCUGGACACGCCCUGCGGACAUACCUACUGCCAGGAGUGUCUCACCAGCUUCCUGCUGGAGAGCGACUUCUGCCCUGUGUGCCGCACGCCGCUCAUGCUGCAGAGCUGCAGGAAGCCCAGCCUGCUGGUGCACAAGCUGCUGGACAAGCUGACUGUGGCUUGCCCCUUCACUGACCAUUGCACUGAAACGCUGCCCCGUGGUGAACUGGAAAACCACAUCAAGAACAGGUGUAAAGGGGCCUCUCACUAUGGGCUCUCAGCGGACAGGAAGCGGCGCUCGCAAGAGGGCGAAUGCACCGACAGCACAUCAGAACUCACCAUCGCCACGCUCCCCAACGACGGUCCCACCUCCGCUGCCGUGGCCCUCCUGUCAGACGAGCCUGGUCUGGUCAACCCCGCCUUCGACCCCAGCAUGGAGGACAACAGUCAGUCAGGCAGCACGACCAGCCUGGCCGCUCGCAGCAGUAGCAAGAAGAUCAGAAAUUUUGACCGUUCUUCAGUGAGGAGCCGUUCCUUCAAGAGGUUGAACCGGGCAUUCAGUGUCCUGCGGAGGACCAAGAGUGGCAACGCAGUGAGCAAUGAGACGUCUGAGGAGAGAGACAAUGCCAGGAAUUCCAAUGUGCCACAGGAAGUGCUGGCUCUUCCUCAGCUGCAUCACUUGAUCCCAGAUGGUGAACUUACCAGUAUUAAGAUCACGCGGGUGGAUCCCUCAGACCCGCUGGCCAUCAGCAUUGUCGGCGGCAAUGAAACCCCCUUGGUUCGCAUCCUCAUCCAGGAUAUCUACAGAGAAGGUGUCAUUGCUCGGGAUGGACGCUUGCUGCCUGGGGACAUGAUCCUGAAGGUAAAUGGCAUUGACAUCAGCAACGUACCCCACUGCUACGCCGUGGCAACCCUCAAACAGCCCUGCCAACUCCUCCGGCUAACCGUGCUCAGAGAACAGCGCCAUCGCUACCGCUCACACUCGCACAGCCACCCACAUGGCCACGGCUAUGAUGUCGCCGGGGGCCACCCGUCUCACGGCCUACCCCACCAUCCCUUGAGGGAUGAUAGCAUCCAUGUGGUCCUGAAUAAAACCACUCCAGAGGAGCAGCUGGGCAUUAAGCUAGUGAGGCGGCCGGAGGAGCACGGAGUCUAUAUCUUUCACCUGCUGGAGGGAGGGCUGGCAGCACGUGACGGACAGUUGUGUGUUGGCGACCGCGUGCUGGCCAUCAACGGGCACGAUCUACGUUAUGGAGCACCAGAACAUGCUGCUCUGCUUAUCCAGGCAAGCGAGGAGGGUGUCCACUUCAUAGUGUCUCGUCAGAUCUGCCUGCCUACCCCAGACAUCUUACAAGAAGCUCCUUGGGGCAUGGACGGUCCCCCACCAUAUUCCCCUGUGGAUAUAGAGCAAACACUACUGGACUCUUGUCAGAAGCCUGCAUGCUAUGAGAAGACAGUUACUCUGACUAAGGAGCCGUAUGACUCCCUGGGUAUGACGGUGGCGGGCGGCAUGUCGAGCCGAGGGUGGGACCUCCCCAUUUAUGUCACAAAUGUGGACCCUGAUGGAGUGGUGGGACAGGAGGGCUCCAUCCGCAAAGGUGACAUCUUGUUAAACGUGAAUGGGAUGGACUUGACGGGGGUGACGCGAGGUGAAGCCGUGGCCAACUUGAAGAACACCUCCUCUCCCGUUGUGCUCAAGGUCUUGGAGAUGCGUCCUCCAGAAGAAAGCCUGCAGGAGUGCACAUUGCCGCCCUGUCUCACACCCUCACCAACAGAUAGCACCAAGAGCCCAGUGCCCAAUGACGAUCACUCCCCAAUGUGGGUGUCAUGGCUGCAGCUACCCAGGCAUCUCUACUGCUGCAAAGACAUUGUCCUGCGGCGGAGCACUUCGGGCAGCCUGGGCUUCAGUAUUGUGGGAGGUCAGGAGGAGGUCAACUGCAAUCAAUCCUUUUUUAUCCGCUCUAUCGUGGAGGGGACGCCAGCCUACAACGAUGGCAGGAUAAGGUGUGGGGACAUCUUGCUCGAGGUGAAUGGGAAGAGCACAUGGGGGAUGACUCACACAGCGUUGGUGCGCCUUCUGAAGGAGCUUCGGGGCAGAAUCACCCUGACCAUCGUCUCCUGGCCGGGCAGCCUGCUGUAGCGGUGCUUCAAGCCAUCCAGCGCUGCUUCAGUGGCACUGACCAAGGAAUGUGGAAGGCAGAGCUUUAGACUGGCUGACCACCCUAAGCUUGCUGUGUGGGAGAAGCUUAGAAUAGUGCUGUAGCUGAAUGGAUAUCUCGCUUCUGAUGGACAGCUGAGAUUUUGCCAGGAGUUUGGAGAGGGACAAACAUGAGACUGGAUUGUUACCAGAGGUUAACUUGCCCCUCCAAGAACACUGAACAGGGAGGAUCCAGGACUGAGCCUCUUCUAACUCGGAUGUUGGGCGUUAUCUGUUUAGAGGACAUGGUCAUUCUCUGGCACAGCACCAAGUGAGCAGAGUGGGUGGAUCGAGAGGAGACACAACAUGUUGCCAAUUCCAGUAGUUAUAUAUUAGGAUAUGCGUUAAGUUGGACUCACAUUUCUUUACUGUAAAUGUUGGGUGUCUAAAAAAGUUCUGAUCCAAGCACUUGUAAUACGUUUCUUUUGUUUUGUUUGUGGUAUGGCCUUUAAAUAUAGGCUCCAUUCUGUUUGUACUGACAGUGGUUGUCAUCUUCAUCCGUUGACCUGAGGACACGUUGCCAAGUAGUAGUCUGUGUUGAGGUUUUUUUCUUUUAUUUCAGAAGCUAUGGCUAAAUGAACAAACCACUGGCAAUAAAAAUAUAUUUAAAAAAAUAAAGGAACAGUGUGUUCAAAACAUGUUAAAAAAUAACAUUUAAUUAGGUGACAUUGUGGAGGCCUUACUAAUUUUCUUACUUUUAAGAAAAAAAACUGACUUGGUUUCUGUGUAUCAGUGGAUGGUCUGGGGUCCAUCUACUGUGGUUCUGUCUGUCACGCUUCGGCCUGUGUAGUAUAUCUGAUGGUACAUUUUGUUAAAUGAUCAAUAAAGUCAUUUGAAAAAGAGA